AUGGGGGACCAUAGCAACGACCACCUGGUCCAAUCUGACGAUCCGGACCACCCGGCGAAUCUGAUUCCGCGGCUCUGUAAACAAUUCUAUUCCCUUGGAUGGGUCACUGGAACUGGAGGCGGCACAAGCAUUCGCAAGGAUGACCACGUCUACAUUGCUCCGUCUGGCGUACAAAAGGAGCUCAUGAGACCGGAGAAUAUCUUUGUCCUUUCGUAUCCGACUCCCAAAUACCCUCCGUCUGCACGACAGUACAUUCGGAAGCCUCUGGACCUGAAGCCAUCGGCAUGUACCCCGUUGUUUCUGGCAGCAUUUGAGCGUGGUGCCGGUUGCUGUAUUCAUACGCAUUCCCAAUGGGCUGUUUUGAUCACCCUGCUCGUCGAAAAGUCUCAUGGCAAAGAAGCUUGCUUCGAAAUCAGCGACAUCGAGCAGAUCAAGGGUAUUCCUAAAGGCCCGAAAAAGGGUAUGCUUGGUUUCCAUGACACCUUGCGGAUUCCGAUCAUCGAAAAUACUCCUUUCGAGGAGGAUUUGACUGGGAGUCUGGAGCAAGCCAUGGAGCAAUAUCCGGACACGUGCGCCGUUCUAGUAAGACGGCAUGGAAUAUACGUUUGGGGCGACACUGUUGCUAAAGCCAAGACCCAAUGCGAAAGUCUGGAUUAUCUGUUUCAGCUGGCGGUGGAAAUGCACAAACUUGGGUUGACAUGGACGCAGAGCGGCUGA